AUGAUAAGGCUAAAUGGUGUAAGGUUCCUUUCAAUAUCGAGAUCGUUUCUACAAAAGAAGGUAUCACCUGCCAAAGGCGUGGAUGCAACAAAAGUUGUAUCGUCAUGUUUGGUUGGAACCAAAUUAAACUUAGAUAUUAAGAAAGGUAAACCAGGUCCAGUAGCUCUAGAUGACAGUGGAUAUCCUGACUGGUUAUGGACUGUUCUUAAAGAUAAUUCUAAGAAGGCAAAGACAUAUAAACCAAAAGAACCUAUAUCUCCAGAUAAUCAACUAGGAGAACGUAGAAAACAACUGCGUAAAGAAAACAGAUCAAAAAUAAAACAAAAUAACUUUAUUAGUCAGUUGUAA